AUGGUCAAUUUGACUUACGGUGCCCUCUUGACAUCUUCAGAUGGUAGUGUGUCAUUUGAACCGUUGGGAACGGAUAUCUUAGCUACGUUAUCCGGUAACACGUCAGCAUUCGAUCCAGGAGAUAUAGCAUGGGUCUUAACUUCUGCAGCUUUGAUCGUAUUCAUGUUGCCGGGCCUUGGAUAUCUGUAUUCAGGAUUAGCAAGACGUAAAAAUGCUUUGUCGAUGUUAUUCUUAUCAUUAGUGUCAUUGGGGAUAGUUUCGUUUCAAUGGUUCUUCAUUGGGUAUUCAUUAGUAUUCUCAGAGAGUGGUGGAAGCUUCUUCGGAGAUGGAAGGAAUGUCGGAUUUAGACAAGUCUUAGAAAGACCUGUACCGGAAACCAAUGGAAAAUUACCUGAAAUUGUCUUUGCGACAUACCAACUCAUGUUCGCAUGUUUAGUGCCGGCAGUUCUACUAGGUGCAGCAGCUGAAAGGUCUAGGAUAUUACCUGCAUUGAUUUUUAUCUUCUGUUGGACAACGUUAUGUUAUGAUAUGUUAGCUCAUUGGAUUUGGAGUGUGAAUGGAUGGGCUUAUAAAUGGGGUAUCUUAGAUAUAGAUGCCGGUGGUGUACCCGUUGAGAUAGCAUCUGGUACAGCUGGUUUAGCGUAUUCAUAUUUCAUUGGAAAAAGAAGAGGUUACGGAACUGAGAGAGUCGCUUUCAAACCUUCCAAUGUAGGCCAUGUCGUCCUCGGCACGGUGUUCCUUUGGGUCGGAUGGUUAGGUUUCAAUGGAGGAUCAUGUUUCGCCGCAUCUUUAAAAGCUGCUAUGGCAGUUUUCGUCACUAAUUUAGCUGGUUCCGUUGGAGGAAUUGUUUGGCUUAUUAUGGAUUUCAGAUUAGAAAGAAAGUGGUCAAUGGUUGGAUUCUGCACAGGUGCAAUUGCUGGUCUGGUAGCUAUUACACCUGCAGCUGGAUUUGUUGGAGCUCCCGCUGGUGCACUUAUCGGAUUAGUUUCAGCUGCAGUAUCGAAUUUGUCAACCAGAUUGAAAGUCUCAAUGAGAGUAGAUGAUCCAAUGGAUAUUUUCGCCGUUCACGCUUUAGCUGGAGUCGUCGGAGUCUUGAUGACUGGUUUAUUCGCUCAAUCAAGCGUAGCUGCGAAUGAUGGUUUCUCACAAAUCGAUGGUGGUUGGUUAGAUCACAAUUACAUUCAAUUUGCCAAACAAAUCGUUUGGGCUUUAGUUGGAUUAGGCUAUACGUUUGUUGUCACUUAUGCUAUAAUGUUUGUUAUCAACCUUAUUCCUGGAUGUCAUUUCAGAUCAACUGAAGAAGCCGAAAUCGUCGGUAUGGAUGAAGUGGAAUUGGGCGAAUUUGUCGCAGAUUACGCAUUCCAUCAUCGUGAUUUAGAAGGGUUAUUUGAUCCAAAUGAAUUGUCACGGUUUAACAGUGCUACCGUAUUCCAUCUAACUUCAAUGGCACCUAGAUCUUACACCAGACCAUCACAACAUCAACAUCAACAAGGUGGAGGUGGUUUACCUCCUACGAUGCCAAGAGGUGGUGCAGCAGUAGCCGAUGCCAUGGAGAAUGGAGAGGGAAAUGGGAACGGAAAUGAGAAAGAAAGACCAAGAUCAACAAGUAGAGGUAGAACAAGAAGUAAAAGUAGGAAUAGAAAUUCUAACACAAUUAGAGCUUCAACUCCUUCAGGUAUGGAUAGAGUGGAUGAAAUUCAUUCAUCUUCUUCAGCAGAUGAAUUUGAGUUGAAAAAAUUAGCUUCAAGUGCCAACACAACUACGAAUUGGACUCAAUCAAGUGUGGAUAGUUCGGAUUAUGGUCAAAAAAGGGAAUAA